AAUAUCCCACCCCCUCCCUCAAUAUCACGACCUGCACCUCAAUUGAUUCUCGAAAGAGAUAUUAUUGAAUCUAAGGUAAGAUAUUUUGACAAGGAUCUUCUCCGAUUUCACAUUUCGUGAGAAGAAAGCACUCGUUCAAAUGUACGAAACCUAUACAAAUAUAUGCAAUAUGUUUGAUCGUUCAUAGAGCAAGCAAAAGAACAUUGAAAGAUAGAGAAAUCUGUUUCUUUUGAGUCCUAAUAUAACGAUUUUUUCAAAAACUUUGUUUCACUGUGUGUCAACGAUGAUGUUUUGACGAGAAAAAUAGUGAUCAUAAUAAAAAAUAAAAUAAUAUAUUAGCUUGUGUAAUGUAUUAAAAAGUGGUAAAAAAAGACGUUUAUGAAUUUACAUAUGUAUACAUAGUAUAUAUGUACAGUCAAAGAUUCAAAUACAUAUCAAAAAAGUAAGUUUGUUCAGUAAAAUCGGUCAACUUUUAGUUUUUCUUGAUAAAGAAAAGAAAAAUCAGAAAUUGCAUUCUUUAAAAUACCUAAUAUAUAUUAUAUGCAUGUUUUUUAAGAAUUAUCGAUGAAGAUGUGGAACAGAUCCUGGACAGUGAUUCUGCUCGUGACGUUCGUCAUCGCUGGUAAGAAAACAUAUACACCUACUCGAUAAAUUUUACAAUGAUAUUCGCGAAAAUUAAUAGAAAUUGAACUGUAUCGGACGCAUUAGAAAAUUAUAAAUUAAAAAUAUUCAAUUACUUACAAAAACUUUUUCCGAAUUAUACAUAAUAAUAUUACACAUUAAUAUACAUUAUACGCUUCAGAUGGCUGUCCUAUACUAAUUUCAUGCAAUAAACAUCUUGUAACUAUAUACCUAAAUUUUCAGAUUGUUUUUAAAUUUUAUCAAUAUAAACGUAGUCAUGUCUCUCAUGACAAUGUUAAUGAAAUAUUAAAAUGUAACAUGUAGAAUAAUGCGUGUUCAAAUAUGAUCAUUAAAAUUCUGAGUAUCCUUAAAAUCGUGGUUAUAAUCGGCCAAGAGAUGCAAAAAAUAAGUCUAGACUAAUCGAUUGUGAAAGCGUAGAGUGAAAAUAUGAAAACUGAUGCUUCAUACUUCAAAAAUUGAAAUUUGAAAAAUCAAGUAUAUAAAAUGUACCAGGCAAUUCUUAACUAAACUUGUUUUGAAAAUAAUGAGAAUGUUUCUUUUUUCACAGAUCUCGAAAAUAUUAUUCUGUAAGUGUAAUAAAAGGCAGUAUUCAAUUUUCUCAAAAAAGUUCUAAAUGAAAGAACGCUAGCCUAUCGUUUCGAUUUCGCGUGUAGAACUAUAACCCUGGCCAAUUGUAACACGAUUUCACGAGCAUCCUCGUACGUCGUACGACGACUUUUUAAAAUCGUAAAACAAUUGUAAAUUAUUUAACAAAAGAAAUGCUGUUAAUCGCAGGCAAUACGCAGGCACAUCACUGCGUGCCUCGGGAGUUUCAGUUCGGCAUCGUGUGCGUUUGUAAUGCAACGUAUUGCGAUUACACGCCGGAUAACAACCCGAAGAUCCCAGAAAACGGGACCGUUUAUUGGUACGUUUCGAGCAAAAGUGGACUGAGGCUGAACUUGUCACAGGCGCAUUUCAAUACCUGUAAAGCGCCAUCCGACAGACCCGUUCUAACCAUAGAUCCAACGAAGAGAUAUCAAACGAUCUUCGGUUAUGGUACGGCUUUUACAGACUCGGCAGGAAUAAAUGUCAGGAAUCUCAGUCGUGCUGCUCAGGACCAAUUAAUUCGGUCGUACUACGGUAGAAACGGAAGUAGAUACUCGUUAGGUCGUAUACCAAUCGGUGGGACUGAUUUCUCAACGAGGGCUUACACGUACGAUGACACACUCGACGACGUAUCAUUGCGAGAUUUCAGCCUCGCUCCGGAAGAUUACGAUUAUAAAAUACCAUAUAUAAGGAGAGCCAUUGAAUUAAACCCUGACGUGAGAUUCUUCAGUUCUGCAUGGUCAGCUCCAGGAUGGAUGAAAACUAAUGACCGAAUCAAUGGAUUACUUGGCUUCCUGGAAAGAAGAUAUUACGGGACUUAUGUCAACUACUUGAUCAGAUUUCUGAAAGAAUAUAAAAAGAAUGGCAUCGAUAUAUGGGGCCUUUCGACAGGAAAUGAGCCAUUCAAUGCCUUUGUGCCUUUUGAUAGGCUCAACGUUAUGGCAUGGACACCGAGGACCGUUGCCGAAUGGGUCGCUGAUUUUGCUGGUCCAAUGCUAGAAAACUCUGAAUUCAACCAGACAAAAAUUGUCCUUCUGGAUGAUCAGAGAUUCGAACUACCUUGGGUUGCAAAGAUAGUUUUUGAAAAUGCGAAAGCGAAACACUACAUUAGUGGCAUAGCUGUACAUUGGUAUUUCGAUGACUACUUCCCAGCAACAAUAUUAGAUAAAACGCACAAUCUUGCUCCAGAUAAAUUCAUUCUUAUGUCUGAGGCGUGUACAGUACAUGAACCAUUGGGGAAUCGGAUGGAUAGAUUGGAAUUUAGCUUUGGACAAGAUGGGUGGACCAAAUUGGAUUCAGAAUUACGUCGACGCGCCCAUCAUUGUAAAUCCAGAGACUGAUGAAUUUUUCAAACAGCCGAUGUACUAUGCUAUUAAACACUUCAGCAGAUUUGUCGAUAGGGGCUCCGUUAGAAUAGCUGUUGACAAUAAUUUGUCUAAUGUCAAAUCGACAGCCUUUGUAACACCAUCGAAUGAAGUCGUGGUUGUAUUAUACAACAAAAGUAACAGAGAAGAAGACAUUGUUCUCGAAGAUCCGAAAAACGGUCCAGUUUGCCUGAAAUUACUUCCAUAUUCUAUAAACACCAUAAUUUACGCACAAUAAAACUUUGAAUUUGCGUAGAGUCUAAAUAUCGUUCUAAUUAUUAAUAAGGGAAUUGUUUAUAUGUUGCUUAUACAUUAAUGUAUAAAUAUCUAAUAUUAAGCGUAUAUAAAAUAAAAAUAAUGUAUAAAUAUAUAAUACUAACUGUAUAUAAAAUAC